CCUUAGAAAUGAGAAAACCAAGUACAGCAAUGAAUCUUUGGCUCUGACAUCUGAAAUAAUACGAGUAUACACAAUGGAGAUUGCCCACAGAGCAUCCUUGCAGGCUAGCUCCGAAGCUUCUCCAACUCUUAAGCCGGAACAUGUUGAGAAAAUUCUCCCUCAUCUGUUAUUGGAUUUCUCUUGACCUUUGUUUUCUGCAUUACUUACUCUUCGUCAUCUUUCUUAAAUGUUUCAGAUAGCAAUGGAGAAGCUUGAAAUACCACAGGAGAUACCUGUUGGACUUGCUUUCAAGCUCGGAAUGUCUGUUCUUGCGCAUCCAUUGGAAGUAUCCAAGGUUCUCAUUCAGCUUGGUCAUGAGCCUGUAGCUCCCAGGGCAACUAGAACUCUGUUAGGCAAACCAGCUCUAUCUUUGCCAUCUGUAUUUCAGUACUGUGGAUAUAUCAGACGCAGAGAGGGUUGGUCGGGACUAUUUCGGGGGAUUACUCCGAGAAUAUCUAGCAUCGCGCUACAGAGCUUUACAGCUGCCAAGUUUGAUGAAAUGGUACCGCCAGAGGCUGAACUAAGUGAGGAAGAUACCAGCAAGUUGACUGAUGAGGAAAAACUCCAUAGGUUCCUUAAAGCGACUCUCAGGGAUAUGGCAAACAAAACUGUUUGUGUAAUUGUCUCCCAGCCUUUACAAGUAUUAACUGUCCGUGCAAUUGCUGAGUUCGUUGGUGGCGAACACAAAUAUAGCAGUGAUAUUUCAGGCGGCAUUUUCUCCGGAAUAAUGAGCACAGUGCAGGAUAAUGGAAUAUUUGGGCUUUGGUCUGGAGUCAUGCCAAGGCUUAUCGGAGAGGUUUCUUUGGUUGCCGUUUCAGCGUCAAUCACUUUUCUUAUCAACACCUACUUACUAAAAGACACAGAAAUGAAGAAAUUUACUUCCAACUUUUCCAACUACAUUGCACAAUCCCUAACCUACCCAUUCCAGGUAGUAGGAAAUUGUAUGGUAGUGUCCAGGUCUGGUUUAGCCGCAGGAUACCCUCCUUUCAUGCCAAUGUACAUUAGCUGGACUGAUUGCUUCUCACAUUUAAAGUCUCAAACUCAGUUAAAACGUGGAUCCUCACUGUUCUUCAGAUACUAUACCGGACCACAGGUUCUAGUUGGAGACAGAAUAAUGCCUGUGUCCUCUAAUAUGCUGAAACCUCCGAAGUAGAUGCUAAUAGUCCCAAACCAGUACUCAGUAGUCAACUACACUUCCUUUAAUCAUAAGUUUCUUUUUCCAUCACCCCCCAACUUCUAAACCUUUAAUUUUAUUUCAAGAUAUUAUUUUUCUUGGAUAAAUUCGCUUUAAAUUGUGCUCUGUGUAUCGUUCAACUUUUAGUCAAUAAAAAUACUGAUCGUUUUUA